UCAUGAAUCUCAAGAACUUCUGUAUUCUUCGAACUUUGGCACUCCUCCGACUUCAUCCAGCACCACACUGAGCUCUAAAAAUUCACUUUACGAUACUUUCCCACCUUUCAUCUGUCAGGUGUACGUGCAGAGCUACCACCAGGCGGUUGCCAGGCGACUGCAGGCCAUCACCGAGAACCAGCUGGAGAUCACAGACAUUUACUCCCUGCUGGACUGGCUGCACAACAUGUACAACAGAGACGUUCUGGGCACGGUGUGCAUCACAAGUCCGUUCAGCCGCUCUCAUCUCAGUCCUUUGCUGCCUUCAGAGACGGUGGACAGACUGGAGCUGGACUGUCUCAACUCUGUGCGGGCGAAAGUCACCACGGAGCUGAGCCAGGUCCUGGAGGAGGAGGAGAAAAGGUGGAUGGAGACACUGCACAUUGAGGAGUAUCAGAUCACUUUGGCCAAGACCGUCAUACAGAGGUUGCAGGUUGAUCUGGAGCGUUCUGCCUCCAUCAACAGAAGUCUGGGUUCCAGAGUGGCUCAGUGCAGCCUGAACGGCCUGGCAGACUUCCUCUACAGUUUCCAGCGUAAAGUUGAGAUGUUUCAUGAGGGGAUGCAGAGCGGUAUGUUUGGAGACAACGAGGAUGGAUACGUGUCUAAAACCAUCGCCCUGGUCAACUGCUGUCCGCCUUUCAGAGGGUUCGUGCAGCGCUGUGCUCAGUGUGAUCCGUCAGUCAGCGAGGACUCUCUGCGUCGAGCAAACAAAGCUCUGGAUCACAUCGUCCAGCAGGGGGUCAGAGUGCUGUCUGAACGUCUUUAUCUGCACAUCAGGCCAUUCUUUGAGCGGCUGGUGAAGAGGAAGUGGCUGAGCAACACUGAGCCGUACGAGCAGAUCGAAGCUCUGAUCAAAGAACACUUCAAGAAAUAUCACAGGAUGGACAGUCCUCCGUACCAGCUGCUGGUGGCGGAGGUGCACCGCCGCGUGGUGAUGGAGUACCUUCGCUCAGUCAUGCGAGGCAGAAUCAUCUGCACCUCUGCAAAGAUGAGGAAGAGGAUGGCCGGCCGGCUCCGAGACGAAGGCACACAGAUCAAAGUCCUCUUCAAAGAUCUGGAGUCUCUGUCCAGCUGGUUGGACAGCGCCCUGUCUCACAUCUCAGAGAUCAUCCAGCUGGAGGACGUCCCCUCCAUCCAGAUGGAGGUCGGAGUUUUGGUUCGCGAGUUUCCAGACGUCAGGAAGAAGCAUGUGUCGGCCAUUUUGAACAUCCGAGGGAUGACUCGCCAGGCGGAGCGUCAGGAGAUUCUCAACAUCGUCAAAGACAUCGAGAGCAGCGAUGGCGGUGGCAGUGGCAGCGACUGGCCCGCCUGUCCCGGAUCCGCCCUCUUCUCAGAGGUGCCGGUCACCUCUGAGGUUCACUGCCUGAACGUGGGCCUGAGCCGCAUCGCCCUCACCGCCUCGUCCUGCUUCAGCACGCUCCCGCGACCCCGCAAGACCCGAACAUCUGUCCAGGAAAACCCUGAUGAUGUUCUCUGAAGAGGAAACUUUUGAGGGGUCUGAAUUGUUUUCUACUUUCAGCACAGUCACAACAAUUAUCAACUGAA